GCUGCUUCAGCCGAUGUAAUUCAUGUUGCCUCCUGCAGGAUCGCAAUCUUCACGAGGCUGGUAACACACGUCUUCACUCACUGGUCUUCUAACAUCUAUUUUCUUCAACCAUGGACGCGGGAUUCUUCCGCGGCACAAGCGCGGAGCAAGACAACCGAUUUAGCAACAAGCACAAGAAACUCUUAAAGCAGCUGAAAUUUGCCGAAUGUCUCGACAAGAAGGUGGAUAUGACCAAAGUAAACCUGGAAGUCAUAAAGCCAUGGAUUACUCAACGGGUGACAGAGAUUUUGGGGUUCGAGGACGAUGUCGUCAUAGAGUUCAUAUUUAACCAGCUUGAUGAUAAGCACCCGGAUAGCAAGAUGAUGCAGAUUAACUUGACGGGUUUCCUGAAUGGGAAAAAUGCCAGAGAGUUCAUGAGAGACCUCUGGCCCCUGUUGCUGAGUGCCCAGGAGAACAUUGCUGGCAUCCCAACUGCAUUUUUGGAGCAGAAAAAAGAAGAAAUUAAGCAGAGACAGAUUGAACAGGAGAAGCUUGCUUCUCUGAAGAAGUUGGAGGAGGAGAAAAAGGAUUCAAGAGAGAGGGCUCAGUCAAAGAGCCCGAGAAGACGCAAGACGAGGUCUCCAUCACCAAGGCGCAGGUCUCCGUCACCACGGCGCAGGUCUCCAUUGAGGCGGGAAAGGAAACGUAGCCCUUCACGCUCCCCAAGACGUAAAGCCACUCUACCUGGUGGGAGCUCACCUCCUCCACCCUUGAUGCAGCUUUCCACAAAACCUGUGGAGCAGCCAGUGGAGCCUGACACAUCAGGAAGAGCCAUGCCAGAACCAGUCAUCCAAGAAGUGUCUUCCACCAGCGAAACUGUUGUCGAGAUGGCUAAAGCAGACACGAUUACUGAAGACAAGGAGCUCCCACCUGAGAAAAAUAAGAAUGAGGAGAGGCCCAAGUCCAGGGAAAGGGAGAAGGACAGUAGGAAGGAAAGACCUCAGCGCCGUUCCCGUUCUCAUUCUCGCCACCGCAAACGACGUUCUCGUUCAAGGUCUUACUCUCCACGUAGAAGACAGAGUCCCCGAAGGAGAAUGUCUCCGCGUCGAAGAAGCCCACCCAGACGGGGCCCUCCCAGCUCCAGAAACCGACACAGGCGUUCUCCUGUCCGCAGGAGACAGUCUCGUUCUGCUUCAUCCUCUGGCAGCAGUUCCUCUCGCUCGCACUCGCCUAAAAAAGUAAUGAAAAGAAUAUCCAACACGCCGCCACGAAAACAGCCCCACUUUCCUGAUGCCAUUAGCCCUCCCAGGAAAGACAGGCGAUCACCUUCUCCAAGGGUCAGAAGGGGCAGAGGGUCAGCGUCUCCUGUCAGAUCAUCUGAGGAGGAUAAAAACGAGAAAGGCGCAACUGCGGAUUCUGUGCAGCAGAGACGACAAUAUCGUAGACAGAAUCAGGAGUCAUCUUCAGACUCAGGAUCUUCCUCCUCAAAUGACGAAGCAUCCAAGAGACCAAAGGGAGGACCGGGUGCGAGGAAUGGUGACGUUAAAAGGCGGCGUAGCCACACCCCUUCCCCGAGGAGGCGACAGAGAGAGGCCUCUCCUAGGAAAAGACGUUCACCAUCUCCUGGUCCACGCAGACGCCGUUCUCUUACUCCCGUAAGGCGUCGCAGGUCCCCUUCACCAAGACGAAGGUCUCCUUCUCCACCUCCCCGCAGACUCUCUCCAUCCAACAGGCGUUAUUCUCCUCCAAUCCAGCGCCGCUACAGCCCCGUGCCUCCUCAGAAGAGGAAAUUAUCUAUCUCUCCUGCUAGACGUGGUUCACCAGGGCACAAACGCCGUCCUUCAAGAUCUCCAAGACGCCGAAGUUCUCCCACUCAGCGAAGGCGCACACCACCCUCAUCAAUAUCCCCUCCCAGACACAGAAGAAGCCCCAAGUCCUCUUCUGUCCGGUUAAGUCGGGAUGCACGAUCCCCCGCUGCAGCAGCAAAUCGGCGCUCUCAGUCCCCUGCAAAUCGCAGUCGCAUUAACAGAGAUUCUAACAGUCCUGCGAGGCCUUUUGAAUCCUCCAACCAGCGGAGACACUCUCCAUUGCAGAAUGAAAAACCUAUACGAAGAGUCUCCCGUACCCCAGAACCGCGCAACAUUCAGAGACGUUCUCUGAGCCCUCAGCCUUUGAGAAGAGUUUCCUCCAGAUCUCGAUCCCUUUCUCCUCAACCAGCUCCAGUGAAACGCCUCGCCCCCGCAUCUGCCUCCCCUUCACCAUCUCGAUCUGCUAGUGCUUCCCCCCCACCAGCCAAAAAGGCAAGCAGUGGCUCUGGUAGCCGAUCACCUAGCAAGAAUUCAGAUGUUGAUGGCAGCGCCAAAAAGAAGAAGAAGAAGAAGGAAAAGAAGCAUAAGAAGGACAAGAAACAUAAGAAGCACAAGAAGCAUAAGAAGGAGAAGAGUGGCAACACCGGGAGUGGAGAGACCCAGCAGAACCAGGGUGGGGAUGAAGAUGGUGAAUCAAGAAAGGAAUCAGAGAGUGAAGUGGAGGACACGUUGGAUGAUCUGGAGAAACACCUGAGAGAGAAGGCCCUCCGCUCCAUGAGGAAGGCCCAGGUGUCUCCCUCACAGAUGUCCUAAUUCUCAAGGAGCGCCCCUCCACCUCCCCCACCCUUUUCACAUUAACCUUGAUGUUUGUGAUAAACUGAUUCAACUUAGAAUGUACAAACUGGUGAUGUUGCAUUUUCUUUUCUUUCUUUUUACAGAUUUGGUACAUUUUGAGGCAUUGCUUUUCAGUGUGAUUUGUCAGCCUACCAGCUAAACUGUAAAAAGUUUGUGUUGUCCAUUACUACUAAAUUGAUGAGCAUGGGAACAUGUAAAUUGAGGGUUGAUUUAAAGACUCCCCCCAACCUUUUCCACAACCAAAAGUAGACUCCUGUUAAGAAGUGAUUGCAUGUGCAGUGACUGUGGUGUGCAUGUGGAGCAGUGCCACUUCUGUGUUAAAUUGUUUUGGUCCUCAAAUAGUGCACAAUUUUCUUUACCAGUUGGUUAUUGUGACUCAUUCAGAGAGGAUGCUUUAAUUUAUCCAACUAGAUUUUUUUUGUUUGUUUGUUUUUUUGGGGUACAUCCUUGUUCCAAGUUAAUCCGUGUGGGACUGCUUUGCUUUGUAUUUAGUACCCCUUAUUUGUCUUGUCAACCUUUCAGAAUUAAAACCUUUUUAUAGAAUCUC